GGGAGUUGUAAAAGCUUUGCGGCAGCGCUACAAUUCAGCUGCGCUGCUCGAAGCAGCAGAACUGAAAAUCGUGUGAUAUAAAAACAAGAUGCGCAACGCCAAAAGCGUUCAGUUGGCGGCGUGAGAUACGCAUUUGCGCAUCUGUAAAAUUAGCAAAAUAUUCUCAAAAAAGAAUUAACGGACAUAAAACCUCAAAAAAUAUAGAAUUUUAAAGAAAUUACAAUAAGAGCGGAAAAUUGCAAUUUAAAUAUAAAUUUAUAGGAAGUAGAAGAAUCAAAUUAAUUUUAAAUAAUUUUGUAUACGCAUCUAAACACAAGUUUAAAAUUGAAUUAGCAUAAUUGAGUAGCAGCAACAACAAAAAAGCAAGCAUACAAGAAUCAAAAAGUGUGGAGAGUUCAUAAAUUGUGUUGUGACAAGAAGAAGGUGCGUGUGAUUUCGGCAAAAAGGCGCGUAUUAGCGCGAUGGUCUAAAUACUCAGCCCAUGUUACGGUUAAUGCACGCCAGCCGCGCAUAUACAUACACACAUACAUACAUAUGUGUGCCUCAUAAUUUUUAGCAUAUUUUUUGGGUGCGCAUUAAGUGUAUGAAAAUUGAAAUAUUUUGUAAUUUGCAUAACAAUCGAUUGGCGCGGUGACCGGCACAAGGAUAACGCUGCACGCAACCGCACAAAUUGCCAGCGCUGAACAAUAAAUAAUACAAAUUAGAAAAAAAUAUACAUACAUAUUCAACAUAUUUAUACAAAGCGUAAUAAAAAUAUCAAAUAAAACAAUUUAUUAGCCAAUUGUGCUUGUGGCUGCGACAAAUGAAGAUUCACAUGUGGCUUGCGGCACGGCGGCGUUUACCGCACCACGAACGCGCUGUGACAUCGAGUGCCUAAUGUGUUUGACAUUCAAAUAUUUUUUUUUUUAAAUUGUUGCUUUUGUUUUUGUGCUGAAUGCUGUUCACAUAUGUAUAAACAGCGAUUUAUUGUGUGUGGGCUGGAGUGAAAAAUGCGCGUGCUUACGUAAUUGUGGAAAACUCAAUUCAACAUAAACUUGAUGAAAAACAAAUUUUCAAAUAAAAUUAAAAAAUAAAAAUAGACACAAAAAAUAGAAAUACAACAAGUAGGCAGAAAGUAAAUAAAACAAACUAAAAUAGCAACCAAAUAAAUAAAAGAAAGAAAAAUAGCAACAAAAAACCAAAUAAAAACUACAAACAAACAAUUCUUCUCAUCACUGCUGUGAGUUCUAAGCUGUGCGUUGCAUUAUUGUUGUGUGCAUUACGCCCAAUUUUCGAUUACAUUAGAUAGCGCAUUACAAUUGUUGGUAUUUUGUACUUUUUUUCCGCGCCGCAUGUGUGAUUUUUUGUUGUUGCUGUUCGUCACAUACUAGUUAAAUUAGUCGCUAAGCUUAAGCAUCAAAUAACACGCACAUCGAUUGCCGCUGCCACUGCUACAAGCACACAUACAAAUAUACGUAAACUGUCUAUAAAUUGAAAAUUUUUCGCGCUCAAUUCGUCUACACACCGUCGCUGGCGAUUUAGUGCAAAAGUAUUGUCGUCAGAAUGCGGUUGCGUGUUGGUUGUGUUGCUGCAUGGCUGUUAUUGGCCUACUGCAGUGUGACAGGUGUUGUGCGUGUUGCAGCACAUGGAUACACCACCAGCGGCAGUGGUGGCAGCACCAUCAUAAUUGUCGAGGAUGCAAAAGCCUGCUUCAGACGCGUCUUGGCCGGCAAACGUAUUUCUCCACGCUUUGUACGAAGGACAUUCGCCUGCGAACGUGUCGAGGAUUGUAUGCGUCAGUGCGGCAUUGAAAAGCGUUUUAUGUGCGAAGGUUUCAACUAUCGACUCGAUCCGUCCGGUCAUGGUCAGGGCGAUUGUGAACUUAUCGAAAUACCUUUGGCGCAAAUUGACUUGUAUUCAAGUUCGAGUCAACGUGACUCGAAUUUGCUGCGACAUCCCGAUUAUGAUUACUAUGAACGUGAUCGUAAUGCACCGCCCAGCUGUAGGCGUACGCCAUGUCGUGAGUGUUCGAAGGGUGGCACACUCAGUAGUCCACCGUUGUAUUUGAAACCAAGCGGUUGGAGUGAUAAGCCGCCGUAUCGUGAGGAGCAUCAUUAUUUACCUUCACCGCCAAGCGCUAGUGGUUAUGGCAGCGAUGAACAUCGUUAUCACCCACCGAGCAGCACUGCCAUUGAUCACUAUCAUCCGUCGGGACCACCGCCACCAUCUUCAUCUAUUUCGUAUGAUCAUCGGCCACCACCACCAUCAUCUUCGUCAGAGUAUCACCAUUCAAGCGCAUUUGAGUACUCCUCACAUGAUUCAUCCUAUUUUGAGCACACGCCACCGAGUGGUUAUGGUAGUAGCGGCACCGGUUCUGGACCUGUAGAUCGUUACGACUACAUACGUCCGGAGGAGCAUCAUCGUUAUCGUCCUGACAGACCAGAUCGUUGGGAGAGUAUACCAAGCAGUGCUGGUUAUGAUAGCGCACAUUAUCGUCCCAGACCGGAAAGUGAUCGAUUUCGUCCACCUUAUAGACCAGGCCCUGACUACUCGCCAUAUCGUCCCGGCUCGCAUGAACUAAGCGGUCCAUCUGGACCACCAGACUCGUAUAGACCGGGGCUACCUCCACCGCCACAACCAUCGACACAUAAUUAUUUGGAUCGUGAUGGACCCCCACCUAGCAGUUACAAAGGUUCUUCAAAAUUUGUGCCCUACCUGAUAGGCCAGAAGAAAGACUGGGGCAGUUACGGUGGUAGCUAUGGUGGCAGCUAUAACAAACAAUCAUCAUAUUGGGGUUUGAAUGAGCAUAAUCGUCGUAGAGAUCCACUCGAUUUUAAUUACUUUGAGUUAGGUGGUUCAAGACCUGGCUCACAACGCGAACCGAACUCGGUGCUGAGUUAUCCUGGUUCCAGUUACGGCGGAUUUGGUUCAGAAGGUUUUAGAGAUCGUCAUGAUUACAGACAUUCGUGGACAAGGCGACCGGGUCCUGAUGAAUGUUCGGCGAAGAUUGGUGAAGGCUUUCGCUUACACAAAACCGCUAUAAAACAUUCCACCACUGUGCCAACACUUGUGGAGUGUGAACAAUUGUGUUCGGGACAGGACGGUUUCAUCUGUCACACCUAUAGUUACCGUUACAAUCAAGCCGGCCGAGAUAAUUGCAUGUUGUGCGAUCGACCCAUCAAUUCUUUGGAUUAUUACGUAGACAUUGAACCUGACCGCGAUUAUGACAUAUAUUCGAUGUCCGAUGAUUUAGAUGUAUGUCGAAAUCCAUCACGCAGCGAUGACCCUGGCCACUAUGACACAAGACCGGGCACCGCGCUCACAGAUCCGCGUAAUGCUCAGUGUUUCUUCCGUGCCAUCGAUGCAACACGCUUCUACAAGUCGAUUGUCCGCGACUCGUUGACCGUGCGUUCGGUCGGUGAAUGCGAAAUGGAAUGUAUUAAAUCGGUCAAAUUCACUUGUCGCGCCUUUGCCUAUCGCUACGGUCAGCAGCGUCAUGCCAGCGUCAUUGAUAACUGUCAACUGAGUGAUUGGCCGGUGCGUGACAUGGACAAGGGGCGACAUCUCAUUCAAGAUGCGGCCUUCGAUGUGUUUGAGCGCGCUAGCUACGGACAUGGUUGUGAAAUACAACCGAUCGUGGAUGACAAACAUAAGAAAUCGGUGUGUUAUUUGGGUUAUGGUUCACCGGCGAAGCUCCUCUCAACAGCUAUUAAGAAAGUUAUAUCCGUACCUUCUGAGCUUGCAUGUAAAAAAGAAUGUAUUCGUUAUCGGGAAACCACAUCCUUCAAGUGUUACUCCUUCAGUUAUGGCUCUCGUGCCACUUCCUACAACUGUGAACUCUCCGAUCUUGAUCAAACCGAACUGAAAUUGAAUGUACAUUACACACACACAGAUGAUCGCGAUUAUUGGCUCUUUGCUUGGAAUCCCUUUGAUUGGACUUGUCGUGAUAAAGUAAACACAAUCGGUGGAUCUCGUGUGAAUAACGACCGGCGUAUGGAUAUAUUCCGUGAACCGGGAGAUGUCGCCUGGCGUCAUUAUACCGUCACCGGUAAGGCGUGUCGCACAAGCAGUCCGUGUGAAAAGAAUCUCGUAACUGGUUUCUACUCGUGUGAAAUCGAGGGUGGUGAGAUUGGCUCGUGGGAUUAUUGCUGCAAGGCUGAACACCCCUGUGGCUACUCGCAGGGGUUCGAUUAUCCAUGGUGUUUUGUGGGCGAUGAAGCCGAUCAGUGGCGCAAAUGCAGUGAUCGCUAUUAUCCAGGCAACAAAACGUCAACAGUAACACACUCCAGCUUUAAGUUCGCAUCUCUAAAAGGUGACAAGAAGAAGCAUACUCUUGACAGCAGCACAUCAACCAAUGAAUAUCAAAGACCGCCACGACCCGGUGGCUUGCAGAGUUUGAACGAUUUUACCGCCGCGCGCCUAUGGCCUGUUACAUAUCUUUACAGUGAAGGGCCACCUAAUUCCACUGAGUUUAGUAAUUUUGUCGAUUGCAAUAAGGAAUCAUGCUAGCGCAGCGCAAAUCAAUUGGCUUGCGAUCCAAAAAACAAAACUAUAUAUAUAUUUUAACUUCUAGUUGAGUUAGUUACUUAUAGUGUUUGUAUUUUUGUACUCAAAAAAUAACAAUGAUAACAAAAACAUGAUUAAGAUAAAAAUAAAAUGUGAUUUGCUAAGAGAUUCGAAAUUUUGAAAUGCCAGUUAUUGCAUUUUUUCGAAAAAAUUUUAGUUACAAAAAGUAAAAUAAUUUAAAUUGCUCCCCGUAGAUCUAACCAUAGACAAUCGGCUAGCACUAAAAUGUACUAUUAAUAAUACUAAGUUUAAAACAAGUAUUGAAAUGUCGCUUCCAAUGUAGUUUUGUAUUUAUUUAACGUAAAAUAAAAGUGUAUUAAUCUCAAAUUGGGUGUUAA